GUUGGAGUUGAUGCGGGCCCAGGCAACGCCCAGUGGAAUAUUAACAAACGGCCAAGCUCCACUAGCGCAAAAGAUGGGUGAAUCCGUACUGAAAAGCGUUGAAACGUCGGCCUAUUCGCUGAGCGUCGUUCUGAAGGACCCCAGACCGCUUUUAUACCACCCACAGCGCCAGUUUUACACUUACAACGACUGUGUGGAGGGCCAAGUGCUGCUUGAGGUGACCAAGGAUGUGGCUGUUAAGAACAUCCAGGUGAAGGUGUGCGGGAUGUCGCAGUGCACUGUAGCACGGGAGAGCAGAUACUACGAUGGCAAUCAGUGGAGGACCGAGAAGGAGACUGAUACGGUGAACCAUGAGGUGCUGUAUGACGUUGAGACGGUGUUCCCGCCGCAUAACGUUGUUGAUGUUGCUGUUGCGGACAAGUUCACGCUGACGAAGGGGAAGUACCAGUAUGGGUUCUCCCUCAGAAUCCCGACACUGGCGCACUGUGGCGAUGAGGAUACGAGAUUGCACUCGAACAGGUUCACCUCGUCGUAUGAGCGCCCUGACGAUGAAGGUAAACAUUGGACUGACCGCUCGCUACGCCACUUACAGGCACCUUUACCGCCUAACUUCAGUGCCGGCUGGGGGAACGGGGAUCAUGCUCUAAUAACGUACCAGCUGAAGGUGUCCGUUCAUAGAGCGGGCAUGUUUGCAUCCACUGGUCGGCUUGUUGUGCCGAUUGAUAUCAGGCCGCCGGGCCCACCUUUGGAUCAUUACAUUUCAAGAAUAGCGCUUUCAAGGUUCUCCCAGACAAAGCUGAUUGAUACUAUAUACCAGGGAGAACAGGCCCUUUCAAAGAGACAAAGAAUGAAGGAUUGGUUCCGUAAUACAGAAAAGAGACCACCAACAAAGCUAAGGUUGAAACUCUUCACGAAACCUCUCAUUGUGCCUUCAAUGCACAACUUCCAGUUGUACCUGCUUACAUCACACGCUCUUGGAGACUUUAUGAAGGAGGUGCCAGUGAUAUUCCUGAGGUAUUUAGAGAUAACACUGGUUCAAAAAGUUGAUCUUUGGGCGAGAACUUUCAACGAUACGUUCUUUCACAACAAUGUACUGGUGAAGUCCUCGGAGUCCAGGGAGAUUCUCAUGGUGGAUGCUGUUUCAGUGAAAGAUGAAGGCAUGUUCAAAUCACAAAUUGACUUAUCGCAUCUGUUGAACGAGGUGAAUCUUGAAUCAAUUCCACCUUCUUUCACAACGUGUAACAUUGGAGUGACAUAUGAUCUCAAAGUUAUCAUGAAGUUUAGCAGUUCAUCAGAUAGUUGGUUCUCUGAUAUCGAAAGCUUUGAAAUGCUGGUUGGCGUGACAGUGGCCGGGCCUCUGGUGGAGGCUGGUGAACUCAGCUCUGAACCAUUAGAGCUCGCUGAAGAUGUGCCACAGGCACAGUUCAUGGGAACAGUUAAAGAGCAGGGAGAUGGUCUUAUUCGCACAGGAACCAACUGUUCCAAGUGGUCAAGUGGUUAUAACGAGAAGAAUAAGAGUCCACCACCAGCGUAUGAGGUUUGAAACGAGAGAGAGAGAGCUUCCAUUGUAUGGACAUGCAGUGUAAGAACUAAAGAUUGUGUAACGGGUAAAUGGUCUGGACUGAAUAUGUAUGCUGCAGUUAAUAAGUUGGUUCUAACGGUCUAUUCACUUGUGAGUGUAAUAACUAUACAUUGUAUUGUAUAAGAGGAUUACUAUGGGAUUCAAGCAGACUCAUGUUAGCAACAAUUGCGAUUGAGACACUAGUCAAGGCUAUGAAUGCCUAAUAUCUUUACGGCGAAUAAACUUGUCUUGUCAGAAAUUCCAACCCACAACGUCAAUGUGACUGUAGAACAACACCACGUGUAUUCUAAGAG